AUGUCGGGCCCACCCAGAGUCCGAUCCAUGAACGUCGCUGACCCCGACUCUCGUCCGGUACUCGUCCCAGCUGGCAACAAGGUCCGACCCGCUUUCGAAGGACGAAAGCCGGUGAAGAAAUCGACGCCGGAGUCCGAGAAGAAGCCGGUGGCGCAUACGAAUGCGCCACCUCAAUGCGUCUCGGUUCCGCCGCCGGUCAUUUUGCGGCGGCAGGAGCGUCACCAGGCCAUGCUGAAGAACCUGUCGUCGAUGAACGCUUCGUGCUCCUCCGACGCGUCGUCGACAGAUUCCUCCACUCACAGCAGCGGCGCGUCGUCUAGCGGGAAGGUGGCGCGUCGCGUUAGUGUGCAGUUGAGGAAGAAACAGUGUGCUCCCAAGACGGAGAAGGUAAGUAGUGACAAUGUGAGUGGUUCGGAUGAUACUGAUUUGAGUGAUACCUUGGAGGGCAAGAAAAGGUGUGCUUGGGUUACACCAAAUACAGAGCCAUGCUAUGUUGCUUUUCAUGACAGUGAAUGGGGAGUUCCUGUCCAUGAAGACAGGAAACUGUUUGAGUUGCUCAGCUUCUCUGGAGCCUUGGCUGAGCUUACAUGGCCUACUAUCCUAAGCAAAAGGCAGUUAUUUCGGGAAGUCUUUUUGGAUUUUGAUCCAAUUGCUGUUUCUAGAAUGAACGAGAAGAAGAUAGCUGCACCAGGAAGUCCUGUCAACUCAUUGCUAUCAGAACUCAGGUUGCGAACAAUAAUUGAAAAUGCACGUCAGAUGUGUAAGGUAAUUGAAGAGUUUGGGUCUUUUGAGAUUUUUAUUUGGAACUUUGUAAACCACAAGCCUAUAGUGAGCCAGUUCAAGUAUCCGCGCCAGGUACCUGUGAAAUCUCCAAAAGCUGAAGUCGUAAGUAAAGACCUUGUAAGGAGAGGUUUCAGGAGUGUUGGACCAACAGUCAUUUAUACUUUCAUGCAAGUGGCUGGCCUAACAAAUGACCACCUUAUAAGUUGCUUCAGAUUCAAGGAGUGUACCUCCAGUGCAGAAGCAUUGGGCAAAGAGAGCUCCCUAAACUCUAAGCUCAAAGAGAAGGCAAACAAUGAGCCAACUGAGGUGGGUCUGUUACUGGCUGUCAACAAAUUGAACUUCACCCCUAAAUAG